GCUUUUAUUUAUUUCAUUUUUCUGCAGUCGUUUCGCAUAAAGGGUCAUUAGAAAAAAAAAAAACACACCAACCUGUGGCAGGUAAACAGGAAGUCACGACAGGUGCGGGAGACACGCCCGCAGAAACCUGAAGCUCUCAGAAAGAGUUUUUCUCUCCACCGUCUCGUCCAGUUUCUCCCCGUAGGAUUCACGGGCGACAUAUUCGGGCUUGACAAGACAUUUGUGAGCACAUCGACCGGAGAGCAGACUUCUUUUGAAGACACCAGAAGAUAUUUCUUCGUUGUAACCUGAACGCUGUAGAUUCUUUGUUUUGUUUUGUGCUCGCAGGUUGAAUUCGUUGACAAACACAAUAAUCAUCUCUCGGCGACCAAAGGCCUGUAGGUUCACCUCGGAAAACAGCCCGUGGACGCACCAGAGACUACUACGAUAAAUAAACAAGAAGAGAAGAAGUAGUUCACCUGUUUUUAGGUCCUUUUGAUUUUAGCCUUAUUAGUCUAGCUGUGACAUGAUGGACUACAUGGACAGUGGACUGAGAUACACCCCAAAGUCGGACAAAGACUGGGACACCUCUGUCCAGUUUCUGCCAGCAUCGGAUAACAAAAAGCUUGAGAAGAAAAAGGGUCCUGGGAAAGUUGGGGCUGUGAUCGGUGUGGUGAUCUUUGCUGCCGUUAUUGCUCUUAUGACCGGACUGCUGGUCUGGCAUUUCCACUUCCGUAAAGAUGUGCGACUCAAGAAGAUGUACAGCGGCUCCAUGCGGAUCACCAACCAGGCGUUCGUAGAGGCCUACGAGGACUCCAACAGCUCCGAGUUCAAGGCGCUGGCGAAGAAAGUGACUUCACAGCUUAAAUCCAUCUAUGCCAAAAGUCCACAGUUGGUCAAAUACUAUGUUGGUUCUACAGUUCAGGCAUUCAGUGAAGGCAGUGUUGUUGCCUACUACCUGUCCGAGUUCAAAGUCCCUACGAGCCAAGAGGCAUCUGUUGACAAAGCCAUGUCUUCACUGGAGAAGCUAGUGGACAAAGAGCGGCGAUUCAUGUCCAGACCCGGCAACUCUCUGGUCCUUGAAGAUGUGAUAUCUUCAGCACUUGAUGACCGACUGGUUUCAACAUCAUUCGCCAAAUCUUUGAAGUUUACAGAACAUACAAAGACCAAUCAUAUCGGGCAGAUCCAGUCGCCUGGCUUCCCUGACAGUCCAUAUCCCCCCAACACCUUCAUCCAGUGGCAGCUGAGAGCAGACCCCAACUACAUCAUCAAGCUUGAGUUUGAUACGAUGAAUCUUGAAGAGAACUGCAAGAAUGACUUUCUCAAAAUCUACGACUCCCUGACGGUCAUCGAAAGCAGUGUUAUGGGAGAGAUGUGUGGGUACUACUCCCCUAGUGAACCAUUGGCCUUUCUGUCUUCUGGCAAUGUCAUGCUGGUGACGAUGGCCUCAAAUAAUGAGAAGAACUACCCAGGUUUUAGAGCAAAAGUCUCACAAAUCAGAAGCAAAACUGAAGGUGCGAAAUGCGGUGGCCAGCUGACAGGUGAAAAAGGCACCUUCACUUCUCCCAACUUCCCAAAUUACUAUCCUCCGCGAAUUUCGUGUCAGUGGUCGAUCCAGGUCCCUACUGGUAAGGCGGUGAAGGUGACGUUCAAAAAGUUCCUCUUGUCUGAGUCCGGGCAGGAGGAGAUUAAGGACUGUCGCAAGGACUACGUGGAGAUUAACGAAAAGAGAUUGUGCGGAGAAAAGCCUGACGGAACAUUGACAGAAACCAGCAACACCAACACAAUGAGCGUGGUGUUCAUGUCUGAUGCCUCCUAUGUGGACCGAGGUUUUGAGGCAUCGUAUGAGGCCAUUGACGUCAAAGACCCUUGUCCAAAGCAGUUCCAGUGCACAAAUCAGCGCUGCGUUAAAACAGCGCUCAGGUGUGAUGGCUGGAAUGACUGUGGAGACAUGAGUGAUGAAUUAAACUGCAAGUGCAACUCAUCGGCUAUCAGUUGUAAGAAUGGGUUGUGUAAGCCCAUGUUCUGGAAAUGUGAUGGCGUAGAUGACUGUGGAGACCUCACAGAUGAGCUGAACUGUGGUGGAUGCAAAUCCGGACAAAUAACAUGCAAGAAUAACAAAUGUGUCUCCGAGAAGAAUCGCUGUGACGGCACAGACAACUGUGGGGACGGGUCGGAUGAACUCGACUGUGGGAGAGGCACUGAUGUGAGCUGCAGUGAUCUCACUUAUAGAUGUAAAAACAAUGAAUGCAUCAGUAAAAUGAACCCAGAAUGUGACGACACACCGGACUGUGAAGAUGGCUCUGACGAGGAGAAUUGCGACUGCGGGAGGAGUAUAUUCAAGACGUCGCGUAUUGUGGGUGGUGAGGAUGCAGAUGAAGGGCAGUUUCCCUGGCAGGUCAGCCUCCACGUCAAAAGUUUCGGUCACGUGUGUGGAGCAGCCAUCAUCAGUCCAAUGUGGCUGGUCACUGCUGCCCACUGUGUGCAAGAUGACGCUCGAACAAGAUUCUCCCAGCCCGGCACUUGGGAAGCUUACCUUGGCCUUCACCUUCAGGGGAAUAUUGGAUCAUCCGUGGUGAAGAGGAACCUGAAGAAGGUCAUACCCCACCCUAACUACAACGCACGCACCUAUGACCAUGACAUCGCCCUAAUGGAGCUGGACAGUCCUGUCAAAUACUCGGAUUACAUCAGGCCCAUCUGUAUGCCGGCUCCCCAACAUGAUUUUCCAGUGGGUAGCACUGUGUGGAUCACCGGGUGGGGCGCCACUCGAGAAGGAGGAUUUGCUGCAAAAGUGCUCCAAAGGGCCCAGGUCCGAAUCAUCAACCACUCUGUGUGCAACGAUUUGAUGGGAGGGCAGAUCACGUCUCGGAUGUUGUGUGCCGGAGUGCUGGCCGGAGGAGUCGAUGCUUGUCAGGGGGAUUCUGGCGGCCCUCUGUCCAGUCCGUCCGGGAGUCGUACGUUCCUGGCAGGAGUGGUCAGUUGGGGUGAUGGCUGUGCCCGCAGGAACAAACCUGGCAUCUACACAACAGUCACCAAAUUCCGUGGAUGGAUCAAAGAAAAGACAGGAGCGUAGACCACUGAAAGCAUGGCCUUAACAAGGUCAUAUUGACAUGAACACAGACUGAUGACAAGUACCAAAGUACGGAUUGUUGCUUCACCGAUCUGACUUUCCAGCUGAUGUGGUGGUGUUGACUCCCAGUCGCAGCUGCAGUGGAAAAUGCUUGAAAAGCAAUUGAAACAUAUUUUAUGACUGUGAUUUUAUGAGGGUGGGGAUGAUGAAAUGUUUUUAAAUGUAAAUAAAGUUUUUAUUUUUGUGUUGUUUUUUGCUGUUGUUUUUUAAGCUUGUUUUAAAUGGAGAACAAUGUUAUGUGCCGCACAUGAAAUAGAUUUUAAGUGUGAUUGUUACCCAUAUACACAAUAAAGUUAUUAUUAUUAUUAUUUACAUGAAUAAAUUGUGCGUCCUUGCAUUUGUGCGUCUUGUGUUUUAUCAGUAGAUAUAAGAAUGUCCUACCAGUUUUCCUUGUCUUUGUUCUGAAUUUUGUAAAUUAAAAAUCUAAAUUACAGCAAGCUCGUUCCAUUUUACCUCCUAUGGCUUGGUAUCUUACUCAUCUUAUUAGUGAUGUGAUUGUUCUCUUUGGAAAGCAUUGCCCUUCUCAUCAUGGAUGGCAUUUUAUAUUAACAGUGAACUGCUUUUCUAUCAGCAUAAAAUAUAUCGGCAUGAACAAAUUUUGGUUUUGUUCGAGUAUAAGCUUUCAUGUUUAAUAUGAUGACAUUGCCUCUAUUCCAUCCAGUACAAUGUUAGCUUUCCAG